AUGGACAUCCCCCGAAAAUCGGGCAUCAUGAGCGAGAAAGAGCUGAAUAUAACCGAGAAAUUCACUGUUGAGGAGUUGUUGCAACAGCUAAGAAAGGGUGUUCUAUCGUCACUAGAAGUCACGAUAGCUUUUUCCAAAAGAGCGGCUAUGGCACAGCAGCUGCUUUCUUGCCUUACCGAAACGUACUUUCCAGAAGCACAGGACCGAGCACGCUUCCUCGAUGGUGAAAGAGCUGCUGGCCGCAUCGUAGGGCCCCUUCAUGGUUUACCGAUAAGCGUCAAAGACGGUUUUCAGAUUGCGGGAACAGCGGCAACCAUCGGAUUUGUCUCUUUCCUAGACCACGAGUUAUCUGAGAAGAACUCGCCGCUGGUGGAUAUGCUGCUGGAGCUGGGCGCAGUCAUAUAUGUCAAGACUAAUAUCCCGCAGACACUUAUGACGGCUGACUCACAUAACAACAUCUUCGGACGCACAUUGAAUCCCCAUAACACUGCUUUGACGGCAGGAGGAUCUAGUGGAGGAGAAGGUGCACUCGUUGCAUUCCGAGGAUCGCUACUUGGUAUUGGAACGGAUAUCGCAGGCUCUAUCCGUAUACCGUCCCUCUGCUGUGGCACAUAUGGCUUCAAGCCUUCUACUGAACGUAUCCCAUACGGUGGCCAGCCUUCUCCAGUCCGAGAUGGCUUGACCUUCUUUGAACCUUCUGCUGGACCGAUAGCAAACGACAUCCAGGCAUUGAACCUCCUAUGUCGGUCAGUUCUAUCCAUGAGACCAGCCAUGUACGACGCCACUACUCUAGAUGUUCCCUGGAGAGACUUGGAAGUACCGCCGAGCGUGCCGAAACUAAGGUUUGGUCUUUUGACCGAAGACCCAGCGUUUCCGUUACAUCCACCGGUUAAAAGAGCACUGGCUCAAGCUGUAAGUGCUCUGGAAGCCAAGGGUCAUCAGGUUGUUCCAAUAUCGCCGUCGCGCGCACAAGUCUCCAAUGCGCUAGCGCUCGCGUUUGCUUAUUUUGGGCUCGACGAUCCCCCAGCACAUAUAGCCGCUAGUGGUGAGCCGCUAGUACCAUCAGUCAUUCAAGCUAUGCAAGCGUUUGGUGCCUUCAAAUGUGAUUUUCUGGCUGACUGCGAGGGUCUGCAAGGCAUUCCGAGGUUGGCAGCGCUCAAUGUGAAGAGGCAGUCAAUCGCGGAUGAGUGGAGGAAAGUUUGGAGGGAUGAGAGACUGGACGCGGUAAUCGGACCGUCGGCGCAGAAUACUGCAGUUGCGCAUGAUACAUACGGGUUGCCACCGUAUACGUUGCUACUAAACGUAUUGGAUUAUCCCGCCUGUGUCCUGCCGUUUGGCAGAGCGUCGAGCGCUCUGGAUCCCGAGCCUCUGAUCAUUGGAGCUGGUCAAGUAGGUCCAAGCUACGAGCCCGAGCUCGUACACGGCGCACCAACCUCAAUCCAGGUCUUCACGAAUAAGAUGCGCGAUGAGGAAUGCCUACGGAUGGCCACCAUCGUAGAUGAGUGCUUGAGGGCUGUGUAG